AGAGCACGUUCGGAGGGGGUUGGGCCAAGCCCCUCCCCCGCGCCCAGGUGCCAGCCCCCAGCGCCACCACCACCCCAGCGGGCCGGGCGCUGACUUCAUAAAAGGCCGCCCAAGGAGCUGGCAGAGGCUGUCAGGCAGAGCGGGAGGAUGAGCUCAGCGCAUGGACAGCAGCAGCAGCAGCAGCAGCAGCAGCAGCAGGGGGGCGGCCGGAGGGGCCGUAGUUCUGGGGAGAAGAAGUCCAAAAAGCGCAACCGGCGCAAAGAAACCUACUCAAUGUACAUCUACAAGGUGCUGAAGCAGGUGCACCCCGACAUCGGCAUCUCUUCCAAGGCCAUGAGCAUCAUGAACUCAUUUGUGAAUGAUGUGUUUGAGCGGCUGGCCGGCGAGGCCGCCCGGCUGGCCCAGUACUCGGGCCGAACCACGCUGACAUCCCGGGAGGUGCAGACGGCCGUGCGUCUGCUGCUGCCUGGCGAGCUGGCCAAGCACGCUGUGUCUGAGGGCACUAAGGCUGUCACCAAGUACACCAGCUCCAAGUGACCCCAGAGGCGUGGGGUUAAUAAACAGUGAACUGCUCCUGUGCACUGUGGUGCUUUGAAUAAGGGACACGUGAUGGCAAGGUGUGAC